GCACCUUAAUUAAUUAAUGUAAGAGUUUUACAGGAACUUACAACUAUGCAUUUACGAGGAACCAUUUGAUUUCCUAAACUUAGAAGACCCCAAGAGGCAAGAGCUCAGCUGUAAUUACAACUCCCCACAAAAGCUCAACUUAAGUGCUUCCUUUCUUCAAGAUAUACCAAACGACCCUUCAUUUGAGCUCUUGUUCACUAUAAAUAUGCAUUUGAUAAAGCAUACCAAACAGUUCUAAUUAUAUCCAUUUUGCACCUUAUUAGUGUCUCCACUAAAAAUGAGUUCAGCAAAGAAAACCAAGGCUUCUACUGCAAACCAACGUGCUGGUCCACUUGCAUUAGUCCAGCUUGAUGAACAGCCUCAACCUCUUGCUGUUGUUGCCCCAAUAGUUUCAUCCUACAAUGAGAAAAUUCGCCCUGUUCUUGAUGCUGUUGAAAACCUGAGGCGUCUCAACAUUGCUAAGGAGGGAAUACAACUUCCCACAAUUGUUGUUGUUGGUGACCAAUCUUCAGGGAAGUCCAGUGUCCUUGAAUCUCUUGCUGGUAUUAGCUUACCCCGUGGCCAAGGCAUUUGCACUAGGGUGCCUUUGAUUAUGAGACUACAAAACCACCCUCUUCCAAAGCCAGAACUUAUUUUGGAGUUCAAUGGCAAAACCAUAUCAACCGAUGAAGCACAUGUCUCUGAAGCGAUAAACCUUGCCACUGAGGAGCUUGCUGGUUCUGGCAAAGGGAUUUCCAACAACCCUUUGACUCUUCUGGUGAAGAAGAAUGGUGUUCCCGAUCUAGCAAUGGUUGAUCUUCCAGGCAUUACCAGGGUGCCUGUUCAUGGCCAACCUGAGAAUAUUUAUGACCAGAUUAAGGAUAUUAUCAUGGAGUACAUUACUCCUGAUGAAAGCAUCAUCUUGAAUGUUCUUUCUGCCACUGUUGAUUUCACUACUUGUGAGUCCAUUAGGAUGUCACAGAGUGUUGACAAAACUGGUUUGAGGACACUUGCUGUGGUUACAAAGGCUGAUAAGUCUCCAGAAGGCUUGCUAGAGAAGGUUACUGCUGAUGAUGUUAACAUUGGUCUGGGCUAUGUAUGUGUCAGAAAUCGCAUUGGAGAAGAGUCUUAUGAGGAAGCAAGAAUUGAAGAAUUGAAGCUGUUUGAGAAUCACCCUCUUCUUUCCAAAAUAGACAAAUCCAUUGUGGGUAUUCCAGUUUUAGCUCAAAAGCUUGUUCAGGUUCAGGCUACGAUCAUAUCUAAAACUUUGCCAGAGAUUGUGAAGAAAAUCAACGAGAAGCUUGCAAGCAAUUUAUCUGAGUUAGAAAAAUUGCCUCCCAACCUAUCAUCAAUAGCUGAUGCUAUGACUACUUUCAUGCAUAUUGUUGGGUUGUCUAAAGAUUCUCUGAGAAAGAUUCUUCUAAUGGGAGAUUUUGGGGAGUUUUCUGAAGAGAAAGAAAUGCACUGCACUGCAAGGUUGGUGGAGAUGCUUGAUAAGUAUGCAAAAAAUCUCAACAAAUGUUCUGAAAGUGAACCGACCAAGGAUUUUCUUGUGGAAGAGAUAAGGAUGCUGGAGGAAGCCAAAAUGAUUGGUCUUCCAAACUUUAUGCCGAGAACUGUGUUUCUUACUAUACUUCAGAGGAAAGUGAAGGCAAUCGCAUUUGUGCCAAUAGAGUUUGUUGAUAAGGUAUGGGACUAUCUUGAAACAGUGGUGAUUUCUGUUCUAACACUUCAUUCUGGAAAUUAUUAUCAGCUUCAGGUUUCAACAAGAAGAGCAGGACAGAGCCUCAUUGCAAAGAAGAAGAAAAAUUCAAUCAAACAUGUGUUGGAAGCCAUUGAAAUGGAGAAGCACACUGAUUACACUUGUAACCCUGAGUACUCUCAGGAGUAUACUAAGCUGAUAUCUCAUCAAGAUGCUUUUGUGAAUCAAGUGCUGCAUACUGAUCCAAGGCCAUCCAAAGUUCAGGUUGAAGGUAUUGGGGAAAUUGAAGUUGGUCAUUUGUGGAAUCACCACCAGAUUCUUAGUCAGGCAUUUGAUUUGAAGGUGAGGAUGAUUGCAUAUUGGAGGAUUGUCCAGAGGAGGCUGAUUGACUGCAUUGCCUUGCAUUUAAUGUUGAGCAUCAAUGAUUUUAUUAACAAUGACUUAGAGAAGGAGAUUUGCCAUGAUUUAUUGUCUCCAAUUGGUGGUGGUAUUGAGAGGCUUUUGGAGGAAUCCCCUUCUAUUUCUGGGAAGCGUGAAAAGCUGAGCCGAAGUGUCAGAGUCCUCAGGGAGAGCAAGGAGACUGUUGCCAAUAUAAUGGACAGAAUUGGCAGUUAUGGUGAUCAUUAGUAGUGAUGUUUCAUGUUCUUGUUUGUGUCCCGUCCUCUGAACCAAGCUAUUCUACCAUCUUGUUUGUGUCCCGUUCUCCUUUUCUUUUUUUGUUUGGUUGUGUUAUUUUCAAGGUCGAUUUGAUGUUUCUUGUCUUUUGAUGUUUUUAUGAUCGACACAUGUUGAUUCGGUCAAUUCUGGAAGACUUCAUGUUAUGGUCUUGUUUGUUCUAUGUUAUUGAUGAC